AUGGCCGGACAAGUGAAGAAGAUAGUCAUUGGCGAAGUGAUGGUUGCGCCGGCGGUGGUUCCGCGCGCGCUGCAGCCGAUCUUCGCGAUCGUGAACUCACCUAUGUCUUGCGAGAAGCACUGCUGGAGUGCCUCGGCGAACGAAGAUGUGAAGGCGGUGUUGCGGCCGGUGCACAACUCGUUCGAUGAGAACUUGUUGGAGACGAUGUGCGAGACCCGAUGGAACGUGGACUCCGAGGACUUGACGAACGAGCUCUUGCCUGAAGAACAGGGAACUGCAGACAUGGACGGGAUGAUCGGUGACGAGGUGAAGCUCAACACUUCGAUCUUCGACGUCGAGGCCAAGGUGACGGCGUACUUCUUGAGGAAGUUAUUGCCGGAGGACUUGGGCAAGAAGGUGAAGAACGAGCUCGAGUAUCGAAGUGGCGAAGCCAAGCGCGAGGAAAUUUACCGCGGCUCCAUCGGCCUGGAGCACAGCGACGGCGUGCGAGAGCCUUCGGUGGAUGAGGACAGACCGGUGAGCAAAGCAGGCGAGGACGAGGAACGUGAUCUCGCGCUAUUUCAGCGCUGCUGUGGUAGUAUCGUGGUGGCACUGCUCGUGUCCACGGCCACCGUGUCGGCUCCGUAUCGCGGCUCCAUCGGCCUGGAGCACAGCGACGGUGUGCGAGAGCCUUCGGUGGAUGAGGAUAGACCGGUGAGCAAAGCAGGCGAGGACGAGGAACGUGAUCUCGCGCUAUUUCAGCGCUGCUGUGGUAGUAUCGUGGUGGCACUGCUCGUGUCCACGGCCACCGUGUCGGCUCCGUAUCGCGGCUCCAUCGGCCUGGAGCACAGCGACGGUGUGCGAGAGCCUUCGGUGGAUGAGGACAGACCGGUGAGCAAAGCAGGCGAGGACGAGGAACGUGAUCUCGCGCUAUUUCAGCGCUGCUGUGGUAGUAUCGUGGUGGCACUGCUCGUGUCCACGGCCACCGUGUCGGCUCCGUAUCGCGGCUCCAUCGGCCUGGAGCACAGCGACGGUGUGCGAGAGCCUUCGGUGGAUGAGGACAGACCGGUGAGCAAAGCAGGCGAGGACGAGGAACGUGAUCUCGCGCUAUUUCAGCGCUGCUGUGGUAGUAUCGUGGUGGCACUGCUCGUGUCCACGGCCACCGUGUCGGCUCCGUAUCGCGGCUCCAUCGGCCUGGAGCACAGCGACGGUGUGCGAGAGCCUUCGGUGGAUGAGGACAGACCGGUGAGCAAAGCAGGCGAGGACGAGGAACGUGAUCUCGCGCUAUUUCAGCGCUGCUGUGGUAGUAUCGUGGUGGCACUGCUCGUGUCCACGGCCAACGUGUCGGCUCCGUAUCGCGGCUCCAUCGGCCUGGAGCACAGCGACGGUGUGCGAGAGCCUUCGGUGGAUGAGGACAGACCGGUGAGCAAAGCAGGCGAGGACGAGGAACGUGAUCUCGCGCUAUUUCAGCGCUGCUGUGGUAGUAUCGUGGUGGCACUGCUCGUGUCCACGGCCACCGUGUCGGCUCCGUAUCGCGGCUCCAUCGGCCUGGAGCACAGCGACGGUGUGCGAGAGCCUUCGGUGGAUGAGGACAGACCGGUGAGCAAAGCAGGCGAGGACGAGGAACGUGAUCUCGCGCUAUUUCAGCGCUGCUGUGGUAGUAUCGUGGUGGCACUGCUCGUGUCCACGGCCACCGUGUCGGCUCCGACCGGCAUGGCGCCGGCAUAG